ACCCUUCAGAUGGGCAUCAGUCACUUCUCAGGACUCUUUCUGAUGCUAUGCAUCGGAGUGGGCGGAGCUCUGCUGACUCUUGCAGGUGAACAUGGUUUUUAUCGACUUGUCCUGCCACACAUCCGCCGCCGACAGAACCUGAAAUACUGGCUGCACACCUCUCAGAAAAUUCACCGAGCUCUGAACAUGACGUAUGAAGAUGUGAAGAGGCAGCGAGCUGAAAAAGAGAAAAGCUGCAACCUGCAGAAGACCCAGACUGCCUCAGGCCCCCCUGGCCCCCCGGGUCCCCCAAACGCCCCGGCCUCUGGAACCUCAGCUAAGUGGAACAACGACAGCAGCAACGAUGCUGCAACUGCUUCCACCAUAGAGGCUCGAGACUUCAGACGUGUUCAGUUUAGUCUGGAGACCCUCAACACCCGCCGCCUGCUCGCUCGCCUUGCAUCUUCUGAUGCUAAAGGGGGCGGGGCUAAGGUCAACAGCAGAGAGUCAGCCAAGCCCAGACUGGAGGAGAUCAACAGCCUGUAUGAGAACGGAGGACCAGCUGCUUCCUUUGCCAGUCUGGUGUUUUCACGCACCGCUUCUUCCUCUGCUCAACCCAGUGCCACUGUAUCCAAAGCCCCUUCCACAGUGUCCAAAGCUCCUCCCACAGUGUCCAAAGCCCCUCCCACUGUUGUAACAGCUCACUCUGUGUCUUCAGCCCCUCCCUCCGUUGUGGUUACAUCUUCCUUUAUAUCUGUACCCACUCCCACUGUUUUAAUAACCACUCCUUCAAUAACAGUACCCCCACCUGCCUCAGCCCCAGCUCCAGCUCCGCCCCCACCACAGCCAGGUGAGCUGCAGGAGCUACAGGAACAAAUUGAGCAGAUGAGGGAGAAGCUGAGGGUGGCUUUGGCUCGGAGAGCUGAGAUCCAGACUACUCUGACCAAACCUGUUGUGUCAACCACCAACAGUCUCGAGCUGGUUACCGUGACAACAAAAGACACCGCGCCCCCCCUCUUAACCACUGUCACUGCAACUCCAGCCCACUCCCCCAACAAGAAGAGUGUGACAACUAUGACAAACCCCCCACACAAAGUCCUGUCCAAAGUCCCAUCCCUCCGCAACAAACUGGCCAAUCAGAGCAGGUGACGCUUCUCACAGCAGUCAUUCAUUGGUCCAUUCAGGGGUCAUUCAUUGAUCAUUUAUUGAUCAUUUUUGGUCCAUUCACUGGUCCAUUCAGUGAUUAGAGGAAAGGGAAAGAAGGUUAAAAACAGUUUGGUUUCUUGAUAAUAAUCAUCACUGGUUUUAUUUUCAUUAAUUGUUUUAAUAUUAAUGAGACACAGUAGUGGGUCAGAUUUACUGCAGAGGGAUUUUGUGCAAUUUUUUGAUCAGUCAUUAUCUUAUCUGCAAACAGGAGUGAACUAAAAUUUAGUUUUAAAGAUGUUAGUGUAAUAU